AUGAAGGUAAUCGGCAAGGGCUCCUAUGGCAAGGUGAUGCUUGUGCGGCACAAAGCCGAAGGAGAGGACCAUGUCUAUGCAAUGAAGAUGCUCAGAAAGGAGAACGUGAUAAAGCGUAACCAAGUAGAGCACACGAAGACGGAAAGAAACGUCUUAGAGGCUGUGUCUCAUCCAUUCAUCGUGACUCUAUAUUACGCUUUUCAGACUCCAAAGAAGCUGUACUUCGUGCUGGAGUACUGCCCUGGUGGAGAGCUUUUUUUCCACCUCAGCCGAGCAGGGCGCUUCUCAGAAGGCCGUUGCAGGUUCUAUACGUCUGAAAUUAUGCUGGCGAUUGAAUAUUUGCACAGGCUGAACAUCAUUUAUCGCGACCUGAAGCCCGAGAACAUUUUGCUAGACGCUGAAGGCCAUGUGAAACUCACGGACUUUGGCCUCAGCAAGGAAGGGAUUGAGGACAAUUUUUCAGCAAAAUCUAUGUGCGGUACCCCUGAGUACCUCGCACCGGAAAUUCUAGACAAGCGGGGCCACGGCAAGGCUGUCGAUUGGUACUCCUUGGGUGCACUGAUGUACGAGAUGCUCACCGGGCUGCCUCCGUUCUACACGCGAGACAGGGACAAGCUCUUUGAGCGCAUCCGGCGGGGCGACCUGACGUAUCCGUCCUACAUCACAUCCAUUGCCAAAAACCUUCUUCAGCAGCUCCUCAUGGGAGAUCCAACCAAAAGACUUGGUGGUGGCCCCAAAGACGGAGAGGAGGUGAAGCUUCAUCCUUUUUUUUCGGGACUCGAGUGGAAUGCCAUACAACAGCGAAGAGUAACGCCGCCAUUCAAGCCCAACAUUGCCGAGGGUGGCGACGUGAAGUAUUUCGACAAAGAGUUCGUCGAUCUCCCAGUCGUGAAUUCUGAAGUCGCCGAUGGCGCCCAUCUGCGAGACAUAAACCACUUCGAGGGCUUCACGUACCAAGCCAAUGACCCCGAAGAUCGUGCGAUGGCCGACGGCUAA